AUGUCUGUCGCCACAACUAAGCUGAAGAUCAUUACCAACCCUCAAUACCAGAAGUCAGGUACAAAGUCCUAUGUGCAUUUGAUGCGAAAGUAUGGCUUUGAACCAACUCUAGCCGGCCCUUACUUCGUUGGUAGCACUCUGCACCAGAUUGGUCGAUCAUAUACUGAUCAGGCCGUCGGUGGCCGUGUUCUUCGUCGACGCAAGAUCCAUAAGAAGCACCUCGAUACUAAUGAGGUAGGGGAGGUUCCUGCGGAGGAUAUCCAGAAUGACUCCGAGUAUCUGGUUGAGGUUGGAAUUGGUACUCCAGCACAGACCUUGAAGCUAGACUUUGACACGGGCUCAGCCGAUCUCUGGGUCUGGUCGACUGAACUCCCCUCUUCUACCUUGUCCUCGAGCAGUGGCCACACUGUCUUUGACAAGAGUAAGUCUAGCACCUUCAAGGAGCAAUCAGGCUCGACAUGGGAGAUCUCCUACGGAGACGGUUCUUCUGCAUCUGGCAAUGUCGGCACCGACAAUGUCAAUGUUGGUGGUAUAGUUGUCAAGAACCAAGCCAUCGAAUUGGCCGAGAAGAUGUCAGCACAAUUUUCCAGCGGCGCUGGCGAUGGACUGCUGGGUCUCGCCUUCGGUAACAUCAACACUGUACAGCCAACAGCAGUGGCCACACCUGUUGAGAACAUGAUCACUCAAACCGAUAUCCCAAAAACCGCAGAGCUGUUCACAGCCAAGCUGGGCUCCUGGCGUGAUUCCAAUGAGCCCGACAAGGGCGAAUCAUUCUACACUUUUGGUUAUAUUGACCAGGCUACUGUCACAGCAUCCGGUGGUUCAUUCCACUAUACACCUGUCGACAACAGCCAGGGCUUCUGGGAGUUUGAAUCAACCUCCGCGACGGUAAAUGGCAAGACUAUUACCCGUUCUGGAAACACCGCCAUCGCCGAUACAGGUACUACUCUUGCUCUUGUUGACGACGCUACCUGCAAGGCCAUUUACGAUGCUAUUGAGGGAGCGACUUAUGACGAGAGCAGCCAGGGAUACAUUUUCCCAUCUGACACCACUGCUGAUAACUUGCCUGUUGUAUCCUUUGAUGUUGGCGGCAAGCAGUUUGUGGUUCAGAAGGAGGAUCUGAGCUAUGCCGAGGCCAAGACUGGCUAUGUCUACGGUGGAAUUCAGAGCCGUGGAUCUAUGACCAUGGAUAUCCUGGGUGACACUUUCCUGAAGGGAAUUUACGCUGUUUUCGAUGUUGGUAACCUCCGCUUUGGUGCUGUGCAGAGAAAGGAGCUGCAACAGAAUCUCGCUACUCCUCCUUCUGAGUAG